AUGGGUGACCGCGUUGCUGAGAUUGAGCGUGCGUGCAAUGAGAUGGAUCGAAGGGGAAUCAAAGUCAAGAGGACGAGCAGCCUCUGGGAGACUGAGCCUAUGUAUGUUACCGACCAGGACCGCUUUGUUAAUGGCGCUUGCGAGGUCGAGACAGAUCUUGACCCUAUAGCUCUGCUGGAUCAACUUCAAGCCAUCGAGAACGACAUGGGACGCAAGAAGGUCAUCGAUAAGGGCCCGCGUAACAUUGACCUCGAUAUCCUUCUCUAUGGUGACGAAAAGGUCGACCACGAGCGGCUCAAGAUCCCCCAUAUUGGUAUUCUGGAGCGGGAAUUCGUCCUGAGACCCCUGGCUGAACUUAUCCCAGCCAAAUCAUUGGACCCCGUGAAGCCGUGGAAGCUCAUCCAGGAUAAUCUAAAUGAGUUGCCGCUCGGCGAACCUCUCUCCUCCAUGACGCCCCUUUCUUCGACAGCAGGCUCUUUGACGCCUUUGGCUGGCAAGAGAAAGACACACGUUAUGGGGAUCCUCAACUUGACACCGGACUCGUUUUCGGAUGGAGGCCAUCACGAUCGGGAGAACCUUACCCAGACCAUUAUGAGUAUGGUCCAAAACGGUACUUCCAUCAUCGAUAUUGGCGGCCAGUCGACUGCUCCUGGUCGACCAGAAGUUUCAGCCGAGGAAGAAGCAUCUCGUGUUGUGCCCGCGGUUCAGUUCAUCCGCUCGCUUCCAGAAGCCCGCGACGUGGCCAUCAGCAUCGACACGUAUCGAGCAUCAGUUGCCGAGCAGGCCAUCGCUAGCGGAGCAGACAUAAUCAAUGACGUCUCAGCCGGUCUCCUCGACCCAGACAUGCUCUCUACCGUCGCCCGUCUCGAGAAAACGAUUUGCCUGAUGCACAUGCGUGUGGCAUCGGAGCUUCUUGAGCGUGUAGCAGCGGCCGAGGCAGCGGGUAUCCGGCGGUGGCGCAUCAUCCUGGACCCAGGCAUCGGCUUCGCCAAGACGGGGGAGCAGAACCUUGAGAUCCUGCGGCGGCUGGAGGAGCUGCGGUACUGGCCGGGGCUGGAGGGUCUGCCGUGGCUGGUGGGGUCGAGCCGGAAGGCGUUUGUCGGGCGGAUCACGGGGGUCACGGAGCCGGCGCAGCGGACAUGGGGCACGGCGGCGACGGUAGCGGCGGCGGUUCAGGGCGGAGCGGAUGUGGUGAGGGUUCACGACACGGCCGAGAUGGGUUUGGUGGCUAAGAUGGCGGAUGCCAUAUGGAGGAUAUAG